AUGGUUCGUCUCUAUGCUGCUGGCCUAGCAUUGGUUGGUCUGAGUCUUGCUCAAGCACAUUCGAAUGCUUCACUGGCCAAAGCUAUCUACAAAGAUGCAUCUCAAUCUGUUGAUGCCAGAGUUGAGAACCUCGUGUCUCUGAUGACUUUGGAAGAGAAGAUGGCACAGUUGAUGCAAGGCGAUAUCUCAAACUGGCUCAACACAACUUCCGGAGAAUACAACCAAACAGGCCUCGAAUUCAACUUUGCAAACCGCUCUGGCAUGUUCUACGUCGGCUAUCCUGUCACCUGGGACUGGCUCGCCGAAGGCAUCAAAAUUGGCCAAGAUUAUGCCGUCAACAACACUCGUUUGGGCAUACCAGCGAUCGUUCAAACUGAAGGUAUUCACGGCUUUCUGAUUGGCAAUGCUACAAUCUUCAACUCGCCGAUUGCUCAAGCGUGUUCGUUCAAUCGUGAACUACAACGUCAGAUGGGCGAGCAGAUUGCACUCGAAGCCGCUGCUUUGGGAGUCACCCAGCUGUUUGCUCCUCUAGCUGACUUGGCUCGCGAAUUGCGUUAUGGCCGUGUGGAAGAGACGUAUGGUGAAGAUGGCUACUUGGCUGGUGAGAUGGCAUACAACUACGUUGUUGGAUGUCAAGGCCAAAAUGUCUCGGCUAUGGUCAAGCAUUUUGCUGCUUACUCUGAGCCGGAAGGUGGUCUCAACACUGCACCUGUGCAUGGUGGUGAGAGGGAGCUGAGGACAACUUGGCUUCCGAGUUUCUACAGAGCCAUUGUUGAUGGUGGGGCUUAUGCUAUCAUGUCUGCGUAUCAUGCUUAUGAUGGUAUCCCGGCUGUGGCUGAUUAUCACAUGUUGACUGAGAUUCUGCGCAAUGAAUGGGGCGGUUCUUUCAACUUCCGCUCUAUUCCUGAACUCGUCGGCAAUAACACCAUUGACAUCAGUGUCGUCAAUGAAGCCGUCGCCAGAGUCCUGAGAGUCAAGUUCCAAAUGGGUCUUUUCGAGAACCCCAACCCUGCUGCUCCCAAGGACCAAUGGAGUAACAUUAUCAACAAUGCUGCUGCUAAGAAGCUUGCCCGUGACCUCGAUGCAGAGUCCAUUGUUCUUUUGCAAAACCCCAACAAAACACUUCCGCUCAGCAAGACUGACAAGAUUGCCGUUAUUGGUCCUAUGGCUUCUGGCUUUAUGAACUAUGGCGAUUAUGUCGUUUAUGAGUCUCAGUACAGGGGUGUGCAGUAUCUCGAGGGCAUCCAGAAUGCAGUUGGCUCAUCGGCUAACGCGACUGUCACUUAUGCUAAAGGUUGUGAGAGAUGGUCGACUGAUGAGUCUGGUAUCCCAGAGGCUGUUGAUGUUGCCAAGAAUGCUGAUGUGGCUGUCGUUAUCGUGGGUACUUGGUCUAGAGACCAAAAGGAGCUGUGGUCGGGACUGAAUGCCACCACUGGAGAACACAUCGAUGAAAGCGAUCUUGGACUUGUCGGUGCACAAAGAGCUCUAGUAAAAGCCGUCAUCGACACUGGCAAACCCACCGUAGUUGUCUUUUCCUCAGGCAAACCUCUGACUGAAGAUUGGAUCUCCAACACCACGGCCAGUCUGGUCCAGCAAUUCUACCCUGGCGAGGAAGGUGGCAAUGCCCUAGCAGAUAUCUUGUUCGGCGCGGUCAACCCAUCCGGCAAGCUCUCCGUAAGCUUCCCUCACGACGUAGGCACCCUCCCUGCCUACUACGACUUCUUAAACAGCGGAAGACCGAGUUAUCCUGGCUUUAUUGGUGGCGAUGGAAACCUCUACUUUGGCUCCAGUUACAUUCUCAACACGCCCAUACCUUGGUUCCCCUUUGGCUAUGGACUUUCUUACACCACAUUCGAUUACAGCAACGUCACACUCUCUUCCUCGCACGUCUCUGCUACCGACAACAUUACCGCUACAGUCUCCAUCACCAACAACGGCACCUACGACGGCGCCGAAGUCGUCCAACUCUACGUCAAAGAUCAAGUCGCGAGUGUUGCCGUCCCGAACAUCCAACUCAAAGGCUUUGAAAAGGUGUUUGUCAAAGCUGGCGAGACUGCUGAGGUGCAAAUCCCAUUGAGCAUUGCUGACAUUGGGUUGUGGAAUAAGAGUAUGAAGUAUGUGGUGGAGCCUGGCAACUUUACCGUCUUUACGUGGUCCUUUGAGGACAAGAGGGAGCAUGGCAUUCCCUCCCUACGACUCUCCGACGGCCCCAAUGGUGUUCGCGGCACUCGCUUCUUCAACGGCGCCCCAGCAGCCUGUUUUCCCUGCGGCACAGCUCUAGGCGCAACCUUCGACACUGAACUUCUCGAGGAAGCUGGACGUCUGAUGGGCAAAGAAGCCAUUGCCAAAAGCGCCCAUGUAAUCCUCGGCCCCACCAUCAACAUGCAGCGUUCUCCCCUCGGUGGCCGUGGCUUCGAGUCCAUUGGCGAAGACCCCUUUCUAGCCGGUCUAGGCUCCGCAGCUCUGGUCAAGGGAAUGCAGGAGAAUGGCGUUGUGGCCACCAUCAAGCAUUUUGUCGGCAAUGAUCAGGAGCACGAGCGUAACAGAGUAGAUUCCAUUGUCACCGAACGCGCUUUGAGGGAGAUUUACCUCAUGCCGUUCCAAUUGGCGGUUAGAGAUGCUUAUCCCAAGUCUUUCAUGACUGCUUACAACAAAAUCAACGGCACGCAUGUUAGCGAAAAUCAGCGAAUCUUGAAGGAUAUUUUGAGAGGGGAGUGGGGCUGGAAGGGCCUAGUGAUGAGUGAUUGGUUUGGUGUAUAUUCAACAACCGAAUCUAUCGUCGCUGGAUUGGAUCUGGAGAUGCCUGGCCCCACUCGUUACAGAGGAGAAGCUUUGGUGCAUGCGUCGACUGCCAACAAGAUUCCUGCUGGUGUACUUGACGAGAGAGCAAGACAGGUCCUGGAGCUGGUCAAUGAGUGCGCUGCAUCAGGUGUAAAGGAAAAUGCCGAGGAGACGACCAACGACACACCCGAGACGUCCAAACUACUACGAAGGCUCGCCGCCGAGUCGAUCGUACUGAUGAAGAACGAAGGCGACAUCUUACCACUUAAGAAGGACAAGAAGAUCCUGGUCAUUGGACCCAACGCGAAGGCUGCAACAUACUGUGGAGGUGGCUCAGCCUCUCUUCGUCCAUACUAUGCCGUCACUCCUUACGAGGGUAUUGUCGACAAGGUUGGCGAGCAGAACAUCGACUUCAGCAUUGGUGCAUACUCCCACAAAGAAAUGCCCAGCCUAGGUAUUGACUGGAAAACAACUGCUGGCGAGGAUGGCGAGCACGGUGUACUAUUCAGAGCCUACAACGAACCUCCCGAGGACAAGGACCGCAAAUGUGUCGAUGUACUGGGCCCUUUCACAAACACUUCGAUGAUGUUCAUGGACUACAAGAACCCAAAACUCAAGUCUGGACUCUGGUAUGCUGAUAUCGAGGCAUACUUUACAGCUGAUCGUGAUGGCGAGUAUGAACUCGGUGUCUGCGUGUACGGAUCGGCAAAGGUCUUUGUUAAUGAUGAAAUUGUCCUCGACAUUACGGAAAACCAACGCCAAGGUUCUGCAUUCUUCGGUCUGGGUACUGAGGAAGACAUCUGCGCUGUCUCGAUGAAGAAGGGUCAGACCUACAAAGUCCGCCUUGAGUUCGCCAGUGCACCAACCAGCAAGUUGACCGGUGGCAGUGUGGACUUUGGCGGCGGUGCUGUGCGUAUCGGAGGAGCCUGGAAGAUUGACGCCGACGAGGAAGUCCGCCGCGCUGCUGAGCUUGCAAAGUCUGCUGACCAGGUUCUGGUCUGCGCAGGACUGAACAUGGACUGGGAGAGCGAAGGCUUCGACAGACCGGACAUGAAACUACCAGGUCACUUGGAUCGCCUCAUCUCAGCGGUCGCAGAGGCCAANCCCCGCACAGCAGUUGUGCUCCAGAGCGGUACGCCAGUAGAGAUGCCCUGGUUGAGCAAGGUACCUGCAGUGCUUCAAGCUUGGUACGGCGGUAAUGAGACCGGCAACGGAAUCGCAGAUGUCGUAUUCGGAGAUGUCAACCCCUGUGGCAAAACAUCCUUGUCCUUCCCCAUCAAAAACGAAGACAACCCUGCAUUCCUCAAUUAUCGCUCUGAGGCUGGCAGAGUAUUGUAUGGAGAAGACGUUUACGUCGGAUACCGCUACUACCACACCCUCGGCCGCCCCGUGGCUUUCCCCUUCGGCCACGGAUUAUCGUACUCGACCUUUGGCUUCUCAGACUUGAAGCUCGACACCCCUUCGGACAGUGAAGGCGAUCUCAUCGCCAAAGUGACCGUCAAAAACACCGGUAAAGUUGCAGGAGCACAAGUAGCGCAACUCUACAUCUCACCAGUGUCCCCAUCUAUUCGUCGCCCAACAAAGGAACUCAAAGCCUUCACCAAGGUAUUCCUCAAAGCUGGCGAGGAGAAGACAGUCGAGCUCAAAGCGGCACUCAAAUACGCAACCAGUUUCUGGGAUGAGAGCAGAAAUGCUUGGGUCUCUGAGAAGGGCAAGUACAAGGUUAUUGUUUCGGACAGCAGUGCUGUUGGUGAUGGCGCUGUUGAGGAGACUUUCGAAGUGCAGAAGACAAAGUGGUGGAAUGGACUUUGA